AUGUCUAGGGAGAUCUCCGGACCAACGGACAACGCAAAACCACCGGCCUACGAAGUCUAUCGCGAUGCACAGCGGCCCAUUGGCUUUAGUUUCGAUGCCCAGCGUCUCAAGUGGGUUCUCGACGGCCCAUUGAUCAGCGCAAUUGAGGUCAUGCAUGACAUCAAGUACGACCCCAACAUCGCGACAGAGCCAUAUGGUGACAAAACAGCCUCGACUACCACCUGGCAUCCGGUAUCUCAAUUGCCCCUUACUGAACCCAAAAUCUCCUCCGUCAUCGUUCACAUUGACAGUCUCGAAGACUGGGAAGUCCAGUGGCUCGAAAUCCAUCGCUUUUGUCACGACCCUGAGGAGAAUGGAGAAGACCCCGAAGAGUUUCUCUUUGGAGAGCUUUCAGAUUAUGAUUCGGAUUCAGAUGAGGAGGAGGAACCGCAUCUAUUGAGGUGUUGUCGUGCUAAUCGGCCUCGGAAGAAGGGUGAGACUCUACUCGUUAAGGCAAGUGGCGCAUACGUUACCAUCCACGACUAUGUUUCGGCGGUUCACCCUUGGUUGAUGGAUCGACGUGAAGAUAUAUUUGGGGCGGAAGGCGAUUUGUUGAAGAAUGAGCCACUCGCAGCGGGCACCAAGCUGAUGGUCAGUGGCUUGCCGGAUGAAGUGCACUUCUACACAGUGGAGGAUUGGCGACGGAGCAUGUUGGGGGAGACUGCAAAGAUCAACAUCCUGGACGGGCGCUCAGCGUGGGAUCGGCCUACGGACUGGUCAUUUCUGCCAGCAUUGACAAACCCAUCUUGA